UUCAGAUUAUCACACUAGUGGCGUUGCAAACAUUUCCAACGCAGGUGGAUGUGGCGGAUCCUCGUGCCUUUUCCGUUUAGGGAUCAAAGAUGGCUCGUGGUCCGAAGAAGCAUCUUAAGCGUUUAAAUGCACCCAAGGCAUGGAUGUUGGAUAAACUCGGGGGUGUGUACGCCCCCAGGCCAUCCACUGGGCCACAUAAACUUAGGGAGUCGCUCCCUAUAAUUAUCUUCCUUCGUAACAGGUUGAAAUAUGCCCUGACAAAUGGAGAAGGAAAGAAAAUCACUAUGCAGAGAUUAAUAAAAGUCGAUGGGAAAGUGCGCACAGAUCCCAACUACCCCGCUGGUUUCAUGGAUGUCAUUACAAUUGAAAAGACUGGUGAAUUCUUCCGCUUGAUUUACGACGUUAAGGGACGUUUCACCAUCCAUCGCAUCACUGCUGAAGAAGCCAAAUACAAAUUGUGCAAGGUAAAACGCGUGCAGACUGGCCCUAAGGGUAUUCCUUUCUUGGUCACGCACGAUGGUAGAACAAUCAGAUAUCCUGACCCAGUCAUUAAGGUCAACGAUACUAUUCACUUGGAUAUUGCCACUGGCAAGAUUUUGGACUCCAUCAGAUUUGAUUCCGGAAACUUGUGCAUGAUCACCAGCGGAAGGAACUUGGGUCGUGUCGGUACCGUCGUCAACCGUGAACGUCACCCUGGUUCUUUUGAUAUCUGCCACAUAAAGGAUGCACAAGGACACACCUUCGCCACAAGGCUGAACAACGUCUUCAUUAUUGGCAAAGGUACGAAGGCAUACAUCAGUUUACCGAGGGACAAGGGUGUCAAGCUGUCGAUCGCCGAAGAACGCGACAAGAGAUUAGCAGCAAAAGGUGUAAAUUAAGAAUGCGCAUUAAAAAAGAAAAUGAUGAAUAAACUGAAAUUCUCUUGAUAA